CUUGCAGGGCUCUUAGAGGACAACACAGACUUUGAAAACUUAAGUGUUGGUCCAUGUCUCUGUCAUCUCUCAGGUGGGAUUGACCAGCAUCACUUCUGAUUCAGUCUCCAUACUGGUGUGGACUGAAGACAAGGCUUUUACGUACUUUUUAAAUAUCCCCAACCAGCUUGGGGUCUUAUACCAACACAGAUCAUGGGGCAGAAAGUCCCUGGAGGUGUCAGAACUGUGGACAUGCGGGAUCCAGCUUUUCGACCCCUCAAGCUGGAGCUACAGGCCCUGCAUUACACAAAACCAGCUCGCUUGGACCUGCUUCUGGACAUGCCCCCUGUUGGCCCAGAGGUGCAGAUGCAACACUCCUGGAACAAUAAUGACCGUUCGCUCAACAUUUUUGUAAAGGAAGACAACAAGCUGGUAUUCCACAGACAUCCAGUGGCACAAAGCACAGAUGGCAUCAGGGGGAAAGUAGGCUACACUCGAGGACUUCACGUAUGGGAGAUCACCUGGGUGAUGCGCCAGCGCGGCACCCAUGCCGUGGUUGGUGUGGCUACAAAGGAUGCGCCCCUACAUUCAGUAGGGUACAUGGCACUUGUUGGCAGUAACGGCGAGUCUUGGGGGUGGGACCUAGGAAGGAACAGAUUAUAUCAUGAUGGCAAGAACCAGCCCAGUAGGACCUACCCAGCUUUCCUGGAGCCCGAUGAAACCUUUAUUGUCCCAGACUCUUUCCUCGUCAUCUUGGAUAUGGACGAGGGCACUCUUAGUUUUGUUGUGGAUGGCCAGUAUUUGGGGGUUGCAUUCAGAGGCCUUAAGGGCAAGAAACUGUAUCCUGUUGUGAGCGCUGUUUGGGGCCACUGUGAAAUCAAAAUGCGGUACAUUAAUGGACUUGAUCCAGAACCUCUGCCCCUGAUGGAGCUGUGCCGGCGCACUGUACGAGUGGCAUUGGGCCGGGAGCGCUUGGGGGAAAUCCACAGACUGCCACUCCCCUCCUCCCUCAAGGACUACCUGCUCUACCAGUGAUACUGACUGUACCUCCACCAUAGAGAUGGCACAUGGCUCUCCUUGCUUGGGCUCCUCCUCCUCAGGAAACCUCUCAAGUCUUCACGCUAAUGCAUCUUCAGCAGCAUUGGUUGUGUCUACCCUCAUCUUUGUGUACCAGUUAUUUCUAAUUACACCAAAGGAACAGUUGUAAAUGCGUACAGUGGCCUUUGAUCAGCAUCUUGACUUUACCCUGUCCUGAAACUCAAUGUGCCCUUGCUUCCUUUAAUUAUAUUUUAAAAUAUUUAUUGCUGUAUAGAGCACAUUGUACAUCUCCAGAAUCUUACAACAGUCCCACUGUUGCUCCUGUCUGUCAGAAGUGCCAUCAGUUUAUUAGAACCUUGGCUAUUUCAGUGGCCACUUACUUGAUACCCUGUUUUAACUGCUUGGGACCACAAUACCAACAGCUAUGCAUGUGUGAUCUUGGCCUGACAGAGAAGGAAAGCUACUUGUUUUACUAAUUUCUAACUA